AUGGCUACUGUUACCACAGCUCCUCCCCAGAGUAUACCCGCGGUGCCUGCAGCAGACUCAGACAACGACUCUCCCCGCUCAAGUAACACGAGCGCGAGCAAUGAGAAAAUAGGUCUCUCCACUGCUCCUGCGCCUGGUGUGUCCCGCAAGUCGUCCACCAAACGUCACAGUAACGCUUCCUUGGUAGACCGCACCGCGUCACCUAAGCGAUGGAAAACCUUUCGGGCAUCGUUCAAGUACCUGUACAACCUGACCCCCAAGCAGGUUGAUGACUUCAUGUCCUCGUAUGUCAUCUACAACCUGGAUUGGGAGAAUGAAGAUGAGAUGAUCACGGCCUUGGGGCCAAGCUACCAACAACGAGUAGGCGACUGCCUCCGGGCGUAUUACGGUGUAAUAAACCACCUGUGCGCUCUUGGGGAUGUUGAGAAGAUGUACAUCCCUCCGUAUAUGGACAGGCAAGCUUCGGUGUUGGAUAAUCAGUUGCUGAAUGAAGUGUCCAUUGCCAAAGAGAUUGGCUUGAAGUCCGGCGACAGGGUACUGGACCUAGGAUGCGGUCGCGGCAGAGUCGCUGCUCACAUGACCAAUAUCACUGGUGCACAUGUGACGGGUCUCAAUAUCGACCCAAAUCAGAUUGUGCAGGCACGCGAAUUCAAUGCGGAACUGGGUCUCCAGAACGAGUUUGUGGAGCACGACCAGAACAAUCUGCCGCUCCCUUUUGCUGACGAGUCUUUUGACGCAUUCUACGAAAUCCAGGCUCUGAGUCUCUGCAAAGACCCAAAAGCAUCAUUCAAGGAAAUCUUUCGAAUCUUGAAGCCCGGUUCAAAGUUUCUUUUGAUGGAUUGGGUAUCGCUUCCAGCAUACGAUCCGGAGAACAAAGAGCACCAGGAACUUAUGCGUCGCGUCAAACCUCUGAUCGGCGCGGUGGGCACACCCACGCCUAGCAGCUUCGAGUCUGCCCUGAAGGAAGCUGGAUUCUCAGUCACUCGGUCUGAUAUACCAGGAAUCGAUGGCUUGCAAGCCCCCUUGAUCGACAAGGUUGAUAUCUACUUCCGAGCUAUGCGGCAGGCUAUCUUAGCAGGCGUCAAGCUCAAGCUGCUCCCGCACCACUUCAAACCACUCAUCAACAGGUUGUGUCUGGACGGCCAAGCCUUUGUGAAGAUGGACAACCAGCGUCUUAUUACCACGGUCUAUCGUAUUGUUGCGGAAAAGCCAUUAGCAUAA